AAUCUUGAGUGGGUGUGGAUGCCAAAAUCGCCAAACAGGGCGGAAAACCCUACGCCGGCAGCUGGUCUGUGCGCACUGUUCUGCCUGAGGCGCGGACCCACCCGAAAAUCCGAAAGCGGCUAGCUUGGGGUUUGGUGCUUUUCGAACUUGCGCACAACCAGGUUGCCAAUCGCCCAUUUCAAAAUCUCCAGCAGCAGUCAAGUUGACGACCGACCACGAAAACCUACUAACCUCACCACACAGCCAAAGUCCAAAAUGUCGGCUCCCACGACGAAGACCUUUGGCAAGUCCACUCGGUCGGUGCCUGCGCCGGCUGAGAAGGCCCAGAAAUGGUACCCUGCUGAGGAUGAGGCGAAGCCGCGUCAGGUCCGCAAGACCAUCCGCCCCUGGACUCCCCGCCAGACUCUCGUCCCGGGUACCGUCCUGAUCCUCCUCGCUGGUCGCUUCCGUGGCAAGCGCGUCGUCCUGCUCAAGACCCUCGACCAGGGUGUUUUGCUCGUUACCGGCCCCUUCAAGAUCAACGGUGUUCCCCUUCGCCGCGUCAACUCCAGAUAUGUCAUCGCCACAUCAUACAAGGUUGACCUUACCGGUCUCGAUGAGGCCAAGAUUGAGGAGGUUGCCAAGCCCAAGUACUUCACCGCCGACAAGGCUCAGCAGAAGGCUAGCGAGGAGGCUUUCUUCAAGCAGGGAGAGAAGCCCCAGAAGAAGGAGGUUACCAGCAGUCGGGCGGCUGACCAGAAGGCCAUCGACAAGGCCUUGAUCGCCAACAUCAAGAAGGUCGACCUUCUUGCCAGCUACCUCGCCUCCUCUUUCAGCCUUCGCAAGGGCGACAAGCCCCACGAGAUGAAGUGGUAG